AAAAAAACAAAAAGUUUCAUCGUACCUUUGCUUAAUUUCCUGAUAAGUGACCGUAGUUUUUCUGCACAAAAAUUAAUGAUCACCAGUUCUUUUCGCAUAUAAGUAGUCAACAGUAGUUUAGAUCAUAGUAAUAGCUAAGUUUAGUUGAAUACUACGCUGUGAAGCCUCAGACAACUUCCAUGUCCAGCAUGGUUCAAACUUUAUCUUCCAUGGCCAACACCAUACUUGACCAAUCAACUGUUAUAGCUGUUACUGUAUUUGUGGCUCUCCUCUGUGCAUGCAUAGUAAUCGGUCACCUGGUGGAAGAGAAUCGAUGGGCUAAUGAAUCAAUAGCUGCCCUUCUGCUGGGAUUGGCCUCUGGAGCUGUGGUAUUGCUUGUCAGUAAAGGCCAAAGUUCACGAGUGUUGGUUUUCAAUGAGGAUUUAUUCUUCAUAUAUCUGUUGCCCCCAAUCAUUUUCAAUGCUGGUUUCCAGGUCAAGAAAAAACGAUUUUUCAAAAAUUUCUCGGUGAUAUUGUUGUUUGGGAUAUUCGGAACAGUUAUAUCUUUCUGCCUUAUAACUCUGGGUGCCUUUCUAUUGUUUAAAAAGAUUGGUAUAACAUCCUUGACUAUGAAAGAUUGUCUAGCUAUUGGUGCAAUAUUGUCGGCAACAGAUUCAGUAUGUACAUUGCAGAUCCUCAGUCAAGAGCAAACACCCUUCCUUUACAGUGCUGUCUUUGGUGAGGGGGUGGUGAAUGAUGCAACCUCCAUUGUACUUUUCAAUGCAGUCCAGUCAAUUGACUUCAGUAAUAUCGAUGGCUUGACAGCAUUAAAGUUGUUGGGAAACUUCUUAUACCUCUUCUUCACGAGUACUAUUCUGGGUAUUGCUGUGGGACUCUUGAGUGCUUUUGGGAUAAAGACACUGUACUUUGGAAGGCAUUCAACGGAUAGAGAAGUUGCAAUCAUGAUGCUCUUGGCAUAUCUAUCAUAUAUGGUGGCUGAGCUGUUGUCGCUAAGUGGAAUUCUGACAAUUUUCUUCUGUGGUAUUGUCAUGUCACAUUACACAUGGCACAACGUAACUGAAAGCUCUCGUGUAACAACCAAGCAUGCAUUUGCCACACUAUCUUUCAUAGCAGAAACUUUUAUAUUCAUUUACGUGGGAAUGGAUGCAUUGGACAUCACAAAGUGGAAAGAAAGCAAUGCGAGUGCAGGAACUUCAAUUAUUGUUAGUUUGGCCUUGUUUGCACUCGUAUUGGUAGGAAGAGCUGCCUUUGUUUAUCCUAUUUCUUGCAUUCUAAAUUGCACUAAACAAGGCAGUGAAGAGAUUGAGCUAAAGAAGCAGUUCAUUAUAUGGUGGGCAGGUCUAAUAAGAGGUGCAGUCACUAUUGCUUUAGCCUACAACCAGUUCUCAUCGUCUGGGACUACAUCUGCAAAUGUGGACGCUAUGAUGAUUACUUGUAUCAUCAUUGUUGUUCUAUUUAGUACAGUGGUUUUUGGUUCCGUGACAAAGCCUCUGAUUCAAGCAGUGCUACGAAACAAUGCAAACCCAUUGACUUCUGGGGAAAAUGAUUUUGCAAGUUUAGAAGACCUGAGACUCUUGUCUCUGGAAAAUGGAGGGGCAGUAGAUAAUGGCAACAACCAAUCAGCCCCAAGGCGAAGUAAACUCCAAUUGUUCAUCAGACAUCCAACAUCAACUGUUCAUCACCUUUGGAGGAAAUUUGAUGAUAAAUUCAUGAGACCAGUUUUCGGUGGACGAGGCUUUGUUCCUUUUGUUCCUGGUUCACCAAGAAGUGCAGCAGAAGAAACCUCCGAUUUAAACAACUCAAACUGACAACUACAUUCAGGAAUGAAUUUCGUGGCGAUUGCUCAAAUACAGCCAUUUUCAGGUUGACAGAAAAGAUCAAGCCAACAAUUCCAAGAAUUUCUGCCCUGUUUAAGCAUAUCUGAUGAUAUGCUAAGAAGCCUGUGGAAAUAUGUAUUUUGUUUGUUUCAAUCUACCACUUGAACAUGUGCUUGGUAUCAGCUUAAAUUACUGUCAUGGGACUAGUUUGAUACUAGAUGAUAGUUUUCAUGUAAACUGACAUAUUUGAAUCACUCACAAAAUUACCCUACA